GACAUGCAGGUUGUCCUCCAUAGGGAUGCAUAGCCUGUGUGAGCUCAGUUCACCAAUCCCCAGGGACAGCAGGUCGUGUCACGUGACUCUGCCCAUACAAUUGCCCUGCUGUAAAGUCUGCCACAGUCACUCGCGCUCACAGGUCAGCGGAGCACAGCAGAAGCAAGGCGUCUUCCUGAGGAUUCUCACCCGAUCCGGGCGUCCUACUCCCUGCAGGGUGACCAGAGGAGGAAUCCUGGAGCCUGGGACAGACUUCUCCAACUUGUGCAGAGCCCAGAGCAGAGUACUUAUCCUCUGCAGAUCUGGAAGAGGGAUCUACGCCUGGUCCUGGAAGAGGGGAUCUUACUAGUCCUGGAAGCCUGGAGAGCCUUUAUUUCCCUUUCUUGUUUUCAUCCUUCCAUUGGAUCUAGUCUGAACUGAGAGAAGAUGUACCAAAGCCUGGCUCUCACUUCCAACCACGGCCAAUCCGCCUAUACUCAUCAUGACUCCACCAAUUUCCUCCACCCGACUUCCAGCCCUCCAGUCUACGUGCCCACCAGCAGGGUGCCCGCCAUGCUUCAGCCGCUGCCUUACCUCCAGAGCUGUGAGGGUGCUCACCAAGGACACCACCUGGGCAGCCACCCUGGGUGGCCGCAGACGGCCAACGAGAGCCACGCUUUCAACGGCAGCAGCCCCCAUACCCCUUCGGGGUUCACCUACUCCCACAGCCCACCGGUGGGCAACAACACUGGCAGGGAGGCAGCCUACCACCACCAGAGCCCCCUGAUGCUGAGCGGGGGCACGCGGGAACAGUAUGGCAAUGCCCUGGUGCGUUCAGUCAAUGGCUCUUACUCCACGCCGUACCCCUAUGUCAGCCCGGAGAUGGCACCUACCUGGGCAUCGGGGCACUUUGACGGCUCCAUGCUGCACACUUUGCAGGGAAGAUCGGCCUUGUCUGGCAGGAGAUCCAGUCUGGAAUUCCUUGAAGAUUUCCAUGCUGAGGGCAGGGAAUGCGUCAACUGUGGUGCAAUGUCUACGCCUCUUUGGAGACGAGAUGGCACUGGACACUACCUGUGUAAUGCCUGCGGACUAUACCACAAAAUGAAUGGAAUCAACAGGCCACUUGUGAAACCUCAGAAAAGGCUGUCUUCUUCUCGACGUGCUGGACUGUGCUGUACAAAUUGCCACACGACUACCACCACCUUGUGGAGGCGAAACUCCGAUGGAGAACCAGUAUGCAACGCCUGUGGCCUUUACAUGAAACUACACGGGGUUGCUCGACCUCUAGCUAUGAAGAAAGAAAUCAUACAGACACGAAAAAGAAAGCCCAAAAGCGUGAAGGGAAAGUCCUCCAUAGGGUCAUCAGCUUCGGCUAAUACCUCACCAUCCUCAGUUACAACAGACACCACACCGGUAUUAAAAACAGAACCUGCUCUCUCUGUACAUUACUCUGGGCAGGGGAUGGGAGCUGCUUCUCAGGGUCAAAGCCAAACGGAUGAUCUUGUACCUGGGUCCCAUGAGCUAAAAUUUAUUUCAGAUGAAUACCCCUUCAGUCAAACUGGUUUGAGCCAGCAGUCAGGACUUAACGUUCCUCUUCGUCAGGACUCGUGGUGUGCACUAGCACUUGCUUAAAUUAAAACUGCUCUGGGGCAGAAAGACAGUUGUGUGUGAACUAGACAUGUGCCAAAGGGGCUCUUCUCAGCACAAUACUUUAAAGCAACACAAGAUGGGAACUUAGGGGUUACAAUCAAUGGUUGCAAGUCUGGAAACCUCAGGAAGAAGAUAUGUUGUGGGUAUGAUGUCUGGUGUUCCCAGCAUCCUGCGCCUCAGGAGGAAAAGACCACUUUCCCCGAGGACGAUGUAGCGUCUUGUAUGAGAUCCAGAAGGUGAUGGGACGGGGUCAGGACAAUCACAGAAAACCAAAAAUGAUUUACAAUUUGCUUUUUUUUGGAAGCCUUAAAUUGUCACGGCGGCAGGGGAAUCUUCUUACCCAAAAUCCUUGAUGUCUUCGACAAUCAAAAAAAGAAAAGAAUAUUGGAACUGGAGAUUAUCAAAUGACAGAAACACUACUUCAACCCUUGGGACAAAAUAAAAGGACAAGCAUUCCUAGCGUCUUUUAAAAAGAUAUUUUUCUGAUUACUUCCCUCUUCAUACCUUAAGUGCAAUUGGUUUCACUUUCCAAAAAAGUGAAAAUGUGGCGCAGAGAUAAAAUUAUUUUAUCUAACUAUUGGCACAAAGUUGUGUGCACUUUUUACCUGUAAAUUACAUGUUUUUUCUUCAGUUCAGGUUUAUUGUAAUAAUUGUUGAUUUAUAAAUUGCCAGUUUAAGGCAAAACUCA